AUGACUAGCAAACUCUCAAGUUCUACGCCCCUUCUGGGAGACAAGGGUCAAGGGUCUCAACAGACCUACUUCUCCUCUCCUCUCGACCAGAACGUAUACGUGAUCGACUCUCAUCUUGAGCACGAGCGUCGCCGUCAACGUGUUAGGCGUCAUCGCUGGUGCUUCGUUCUUGUCCUUGCAACCGUGAUUCUCGUGUCUAGCUGGAAGGGUGUCUAUCGCUUCGCUCACAGUCUCGUUCAUCACCAUCGGGCGGAGAUCAUGUCCGGGGAGCCCGCCUCUACCUUCGAUAUAUGGCCAGGUGAUCCUGAGGGAGACUUUGACUGUAUAAACGGCGAUCAGUGGGACGACGUCGAUACCGUCUUGCCCAACAUCGAACAGUAUCAUCAUUUCUCCGCGAAGACGUCUUUCAAGCUUCCUAUCGACUCGGAUGCUCUGGCAUUCGUAGCUCGCGGUGCUUGGACGUAUGGUCACGUCGAUGUUGUUGCCGGUGAUGGCGACGAAGUCUCGGUGGAUGUUGUUGCAGAAUACCAUAACCGGCCGGCUUUGGACCGCGUCACGGUCUGUCGCUUCCACUACGAUAGGGAUGGGCGCGAUGGCGUGGGGAUCUUCAGCCCUCGUGAGAGGCAUCGUCACGACAGGAGGGAGACAGUGUAUCUCCACAUGGUCAUUCGACUCCCGGCUCACGGCAGGCUUAUACGCCAAGUGCCGUCGUUCUUCACUGCUAUGCCACUCUACAGCCAAACGGUGAACGAUCUCACCGAGGGCUUUGAGUUUGGAAGAAUAUCCCUUGCUUCGACCAACCAACAAAUUCAUGUCAAGGAUAUCCGCGCACACGAUAUCAAUGUACACACGACGAACGCUGCAAUCAUCGGCGCAUUCAACACAUCGGACUCGCUGAAGCUGGCGACCACCAACUCACCCAUCAAGGUCGAUGUGACAGCUUUCAAUCACGAUAACGCGAACGACCUGAUCCUACACACUACCAACGCUCUUCUCGCGGCCAACUUCUCUCUUCUCCAGUCUCCUGCGUCGAGCUCAGCUGCACGCUUCAAAGUGACUACUGCCACUACGAAUGGCCAUUUGCGCGUGAACUACCUGACGUCUCCUGCGGAUGCAGUCCUUGAGGCGACAGCGAGCACUACCAACUCCCCUGCGUGGGUUCGUCUCGACAGCGCUUACGAGGGCACGUUCGCUGCUUCGACCACGCACUUCACGCCUAGUAUCGAACGCCGCACGGACGUCGAGGACCCCGCGGGGCGUCGCAGAUCCCGCCAUGUCGAGGUCAACACGCAGAUCCGCGGCUUCGUGAGAGGGUUUGCGAGCUGGCUGCCAUCCGAGCAUGAGAAGGGCCAGCCUGGUUCGAUCAACGUUCACACGACCAACAACCACCUUUUCCUUUCUGUUUGA